AUGUCGGAGGUACUAACUCGUGCAGUGCUGACUACCGUCUCGCGUGUUCGUGUGAUGUCUACGAGAUCAUCGUCCUCACUGAGACCUGGUGGGAUGAUCGCACCCAUUCGCAUCAACUCCGAAAGACCACAGGAGGAGGCGUUGCUAUCGCAGUUCGCCGAAGCGUUGAUGCUCGACAACGCACAUUGGACUAGUGUGGAACAAGUCUGGAUUUCCCUGGCAUUAAAAGACCGUAAGCUGUACCUUUGUGGCGUCUACAUUCCUCCGGACCGUAUUCGAGAUGCCACACUGAUUGAAGAGCAUUUCCAUUCCGUAUCGUCAGUACUAUCGAGCACUUCCACCUACGACGACAUUGUUAUCCUAGGCGGUUUUAAUCUACCUGGAAUCAAAUGGCGUUCGCUUCGCAACGGCUUUCAGUAUCCUGAUCCAUCACUGACAACUCAUCCCGCCAUCAUCUGUAGCUUGCUCAAUACGUAUAGUGCAGCCACACUUCGUCAAAUCAAUAACAUAGGGAAUGAGAACGGCCGCAUGUUGGACCUCUGUUUCGUUUCGCAACGAGAUUAUGCUCCUGUAAUAUUAGAGGCUCUCGCGCCACUUGUGAAACACGUUCCCCAUCAUCCACCUCUGCUGCUAUCCGUUAACGAAGUUAACACGAAGGCACUCACUACUUUCGAAUCAACUACUGCUCCCGUCAACUAUAAUUUCUUCAAAGCUGAUAUCGAAAGCAUGUGCGCUGUAUUAUCGAGUGUUGAUUGGAAUAGUGUUCUUGGCAAGGAUGAUAUUGACCUCGCGGUGCAGACUUAUUCGCAUAUUCUCGGCUAUGUGAUCGACAUGCAUGUUCCGAAACAGUAUUUCACUGGCAAUCGUGUUCCGUGGAUGACAAAAGAGCUCAGACAAUUGAAGACCCUAAAGAGAGCAGUACUCAGUCAGUAUUCCAGGGCAAAAGUGUGUCGCUCUGCGAAUCACGUUGUGCUACCGCUUAGAGAACACUACCGUAGACUGAACCAAAUGUAUAAAUCAAAAAGCAGACGCAGCUUUGCUAAACAUCAGACACGCAUCCUGCAAAAGCUAAAAUCAAAUCCGAAGGCCUUCUGGAAAUAUGUUAACGAUCAACGGAAGGAAUGCGGCUUGCCGUCAUCAAUGUUUUACAAAGAGGAAGUCGCGACGGACACAGAAGAUAUUCGACGACUUUUCGCACUCAAAUUCUCGGGAAUGUUCGAUAAUGCCACGCUAUCACCCGAAGAAGUAUCGACAGCCGCCGGGAAUGUUCCGGUUAAUGAGGUUAUGUUGAGCCGAAUUUCCGUUAACGAUGAGUGUAUUCUCAAAGCUGUGGCCAAAUUAAAGUCAUCAAUGUAA